GCCCCGCUGCCGCUCCCGCCCCGCUCCCUCCCUCCCGCCGCCGCCGCAGCCGCACCGAGACACAAAAAGCGGCUGGGGCAGGGCUGGGCAGGGCCGGGCAGGGCCGCGCCGGCACCAUGACGGAGACCACCAAGACCCACGUUAUCCUGCUGGCCUGCGGCAGCUUCAAUCCCAUCACCAAGGGCCACAUCCAGAUGUUCGAGCGAGCCCGGGAUUACCUGCACAAGACUGGACGCUUCAUCGUCAUCGGUGGCAUUGUCUCGCCUGUGCACGACUCCUACGGGAAAACGGGUCUGGUCUCAAGCCGGCACCGCCUGACCAUGUGCCAGCUGGCCGUCCAGUCCUCCGACUGGAUCAGGGUGGACCCCUGGGAGUGCUACCAGGACACCUGGCAGACCACCUGCAGCGUGCUGGAGCACCACCGCGACCUGAUGAAGAGAGUGACUGGCUGCAUUCUCUCCAACGUCAACACGCCCUCCAUCACCCCCGUGAUCGGCCAGCCCCAGAACGAGUCCUCGCAGACUAUCUACCAGAACAACAACAACGUCUCCAACAAGCCCACCGCGGCAAAGAUCCUGGGGAAGGUGGGAGAAAGCCUGAGCCGGAUUUGCUGCGUUCGCCCGCCCAUGGAGCGCUUCACCUUCGUGGAUGAAAAUGCCAACUUGGGAACGGUGAUGAGAUAUGAGGAGAUAGAGCUUCGCAUCCUACUGCUCUGUGGCAGCGACCUGCUGGAAUCCUUCUGCAUCCCUGGUCUCUGGAACGAGGCAGAUAUGGAGGUGAUUGUCGGGGAGUUUGGGAUCGUGGUGGUGCCUCGGGAUGGAGCAGACCCUGACCGGAUCAUGAACCACUCCUCCAUACUCCGCAAGUACAAAAACAACAUUCUGGUGGUGAAGGAUGAUUCAAACCACCCCAUGUCGGUCGUCAGCUCCACCAAAAGCAGACUGGCCCUGCAGCACGGGGAUGGCCACGUCGUGGAUUACCUCUGCCAGCCCGUCAUCGACUACAUCCUCAAGAGCCAGCUCUACAUCAACGCCUCCGGCUAAGCGCCAGAGGUCCUGCAGCAAGACAGCCCUCGUGUCUCGCCUGCCUACAGCUCUCCAUCACUUUUUUCUCUCUCUCUCUCUCUCUCUCUCAGUCCGUGUCUCCAUCUCUCUCCCCCACCCCAUGGCGUCCCGCCCGUGCCUGCCUCUCACCCCCGGCACCAACGCUCCAUCGUGCAGCAAUGUCCAGGGAACCGCAGCACGGCCCCGAAGGGAACGGUUUGGUCUCUUUUUUGGGGAAACUGCCCUCUUCGCGUAUGCAGGCAGGGAGGGGGUGGCCAGUAAAAAGGCGAUGUGCUCAGUGCGCUCGAGAGGAGGUAGCUCAGACACCCCCCUCUCAGCAUCACUGGGAGAUGGCCCCCCUGGUCGAUCCUCCCAGCAUGCUCAGAGCAGGGGCUUUCUCUUCCGCAUCAUCUUACAGUACAUCAGCUCAAUAGAUCUAGGUGGACUGUUUUUUUCUUAAAUAGUUUUAGUGUGAGCCCGUUAGAUCUCUCAACAUGAUGACCAAAUGAAUCCUGGUUGGCAACAGGCAGUUGUAACCCAGCUGGCUUGGUGCCCCACGGCAGGUGAACCUCCUCAGGGCAGCAGUAAGACAACCCAGCUCACAAAACCCUCUUCCUGGCCCUGAAAAAUCACAGGGAGGGCAUUUCUGAAGGGAAGCAGAAGCCUUGGCAAGCACUGCUGCCAAAGCAUGACUAGGGGGGAUGUGUCUCACCUUGCCUUGGCUGCAAGUGAAACCAAGCCACCCCUUAGGCAAGUGGAGUUGGGGUGAUGCUCUAACUCUUGACUCAGUGUUGGAGGGGGCAGCCCACAGCACCGAAAAAGGGACCUACCAUUUGUGAAGCCAAAAAAUGAGGGAAGUAGCAGCAGGUAGUGACCCAAAGCCUCUGGUGAGAAUUUGCCCCAAACCCCACUGAGCUUCAUGGGGGCUUGGGUCCAUCCCCAUCCUCCAGCUCUCUGUUUCUGUCUGUAAACUUCCCCUUUCUCCCUCUGCUCCUACCCUCUCCUUGAAGAGUUUAUUAAAUGCAUGAAACUUUCCCCCUCCCAAACUGGCUGUGGCUACUUCACACAUCCCUUGGGACAUGCCAGGCUCCUGCUCUCCUGCCUGCGACGUGCCCUCAAAUGCCAAGGAUGGAUCCUAGUGGAGAUGCUGGCAUUAAAAACGGGGCAGGUAACAUGGAGCAAGAGAAAAUUACUUAAGACCUGCAGAGAGGAGGGUUGCUGAAGCAGGCCCUUGCCCUGCUGAGCAUCCCUGGGGUGCAAGGACCCUGCAGAAGCCCUGGGAAAGGCCACAGCCACAAGGAGGAAGGUAUGGUCCUGCUUUACUCCACACCUUUUCCUCUCCCUUUGCUCCAUCUAACCUUGUGUUGCUUUGGGUAUAGCCCUGCUGCCUAUAGCUCCUGGACACCUGCACACUCCCCACCCAUUUGGGCUAACUAGGCUCAGGCUGGUCCACAGCACCACCCUCUCCCAAAGCACAACCAUUGCCCAUGUUGGCUUUGUGGCUUUCCUAGGGCAGCGCUGUGACUAGCUCCCAGUCCCCAGCAAGGGACAUCACACUGAGACACCUGAAGGCUAACAGUCCUCCAGGGCAUUUUAGGGAAAGAUCAAAAAUUACCUUUUUUUUUUUUUUUCUUCCUUAAAAGUUUAUGGAGGG